CGUCUCAUCUCCUCAACACAACAACACAGGCAACAAACGACCUACCACCCAUCUUUCCACGCGAUUGACGUCGACUUCACCGUCUCAUCAUCGAUCGAUGGCGCGCCGCGGCGGCUUCUUCGGCUACGACCCGUAUGAUUAUUACUACCCGACCUCCUACGGGUACGACGCCUAUCCGUAUUAUCGCCCCGCCGCAGCCGAUCCCUUUUUUCCGGACGUCGAGCCGCUCGUGACGGAGCAGCUGCGUCCCGCCCGCCGGAGGGCCCCGGCGCGGCACGACGGCGGCUUCUUCCGUGGCUUUGGCGCAGCGGAGCCGGCCGCACGGACCACGGCGCGUCCUAGGCCCGGCAGCGGGUCCCCGAAGAGCUGCCCGGACUGCUUUGAGGUCGAGGUCACGGGCCCCGACUCCGACUCGCCGCCGGCGAUUCCAGAGAAGCAGGCGCCGUCCGUGGAGGAGGCCGCGGUGAGGGUGCAGGCGGCGGCGCGCGGGCUGCUCGCUCGUCGCAUGGUGCGGGAGGUGCGUGCGGUGGAGCGGCAGGCCGAGGCCGUGGCCGCGCGGGUGGCGGCCGAGGCAGAGGCGCUCCGCGCGGACGCCCGUGCGCGGAUCGGCCUCGGGGAGGAGCUCAUGCGCCUGCUGCUGCGACUCGACGGCGUGCGCGGCGCCCGGGAGUACCGCAGAAGGGUCACCCGGCGCGUGCUCGCGCUACAGGACGCAGUCGACGCGCUCGAGGCCACGCCCGCGCCCGCGGCGCCCGGGAGUACCGCCGAUGCGCCGGAAGUUCAGGAUGCAGAAAAAGAAGCAGAGAGCGGGAUGGAGCCGGAGCUGCCGGUUGAGGACAAUACUGCGUCAGAUUUUCUGGCUGCCGAGACAACUGACACGGCGGUGAUGGAGGUUGACGCGGUGAGUCCCGUCGUCGUCGACGAGGCCGGGAAGACCGAGACCGAACUGGUGGCGGAAGGCGAGAAGGCCUCGGAGGCGGAGGGCGAGUGGGAGAUGGUGGCAACAGGGGACGGCGACGUCUCCACCGGCGAGGAGGACCCUGCACCACCCAAAGCGCAGCAAGAACAGGCACAAGAGGAAAAGAAGAUGGUGACCACCAACGGGCUGGACUCGAAAAAACUAAUGGAGAUGGUGGCGGCGCUGUGCGAGCGAAGUGCACAGCAGUGCGCGCUCAUCGGGGCCCUGGCCGAGCGCGUCGACACGCUAGAGCGCGCCGUCCGGCGGGUGCAGGAGGCCGACCGGCGCAGGCGAAGGAACAAGAAGAACAACAAAGACGGCAAAAAGAACACAAGUAGCUUCUACAGCGACUAGAUACGAUAAAUAGCUUCUACUAGCAUGAGGUUUCCAUUGGAUUUUUUUCAUUACCUUUUAGUAAUCUUGCAUUUGUUUCAAUUCCGUUGAUUGUAUGAACAAAAUUAAAUCA